AUGGCCCAGAACGUCAACAAUGUUGCCAACAACAAUCUGAAUCAGGGUAAUGAGGGUAUUGCAACAGCUGAGGCAGACCUACCCCUGAGGGAUUAUGUACUCCCUACUAUUACAGGGGUACAUUCUAGUAUUCACCCACCAACUGUAGAGGCGAAUAAUUUUGAGAUAAAGCCUUCGAUUAUCCAAGUGGUUCAGAAUUGCGUUCGGUUUGGGGGGCUACCUAAUGAGGAUUCGAACUUCCAUAUUACCAAUUUUUUGGAGUUAUGUGAUACCUUCAAAAUGAAUGGACUAAGUAAUGAUGCAAUCCAUUUGAGGCUAUUUCCAUUUUCUUUGAGAGACAGAGCUAAAAGUUGGUUGAUUUUGCUGCAAGCCAAUUCCAUUGUGACAUGGGAAGAUCUUGCUAAAAAAUUUGUUGCUAAGUAUUUUCCUCCCUCUAAAUUAGUUCGGAUUAGAGGUGGAAUAAAUCAUUUCUGUCAAUUUGAGGGGGAAUCGUUAUAUGAUGCUUGGGAAAGGUUUAAAGAGUUACUUCGAAAAUGUCCACAUCAUGGUAUAGUGAAAUGGAUGUUGGUGGACACUUUCUAUAAUGGACUGAGGGGAAACACAAGGACUAUAAUAGAUGUAGCAGCAGGCGGAGCAUUUAUGAGCAAAAGCGCUCACGAAGCUUAUGAGCUUUUAGAGGAGAUGGCCAUGAAUAAUUAUAAUUGGCCAGCUGAGCGAGAAAAUAAGAAGGUGGCAGGAGUUCUAGAAGUUGAUCCUAUUGCUAUGCUCACUGCUCAAAUUGCUUCGCUAACUAAACAAAUGCAACAACAAAACAACAUUUCAGCUCAAGCGAUGCAACUACAACCUGCUCCUAUCAUUUGUGAGACAUGUGUAGGCCCUCAUCACUUUGAGAAAUGUCCAGCGAUGAGUUCUUAUUCGGUAGAUGACAUUCCACUUGAAAAGGUUCAAGCCAUUGGUAAUUUCCCAAGGCAACCAAAUAACAACCCAUACCCUAACACUUAUACUCCAACGUAUAAGAACCAUCAGAAUUUGUCAUGGAGUAAUAAUCAAGGGCACCAACCACAAUAUCAUCCAAAUCCACCUCAAUAUCCUCCAAGUAGACCAUCUUAUGGGCUAAAUACAAGACCCUUUUAUGAUACUCGAAGGUCACAAAUGCUGCAACAUCAACAACUACCCCCUCAAAUGACUAAACCAGAGGUAUCCGCUGAUUCAUUGAGCCAAUUUAUGACAGAAACUAGAUCCUCUAUUUGGAGCUUAGAAACACAAGUUGGCCAACUUGCAAAGUUGAUGGCGGAUCGUAAUCAAGGGAAUUUACCUAGUUCAACUGUGGUGAAUCCCAAGGAGCAAUGUCCAGCUGUCACUUUCAGGAGCGGGACUAAGUAUGAGGGGCCUAUAGUAGAAAACAAGGGCAAGAAAAUAGAUGAUCAACAUGUUAAUAGUCCAGCACAAGAGGAGGCUACUGAAGACCUUCCAAAGACAGAAAAGCCAAAAUACACUGAGCCUACACCAAGGAUUCCAUAUCCUCAACGUGGAGCUUAUCGUGUUUAUAACAUGCGAACUCAAACUGUGAUGGAAUCUUCAAAUGUUGUUAUUGAUGAUUGGAAAGAUUUUUCUGAAUAUUUCAGUGAAGAAGAAAUUGAAAGGUUAAUUGAUGAAAACACUCAAAGAGAAUCAUCUGAUGUAAUUGGAAGUGAUUCUGUGCCCAUAGUUUCAUAA